GAGAGACACACACCAUUAAAAGCAGAGAGAGUAACGUCAAAAGGCAAAGCCAAAGCCAAAAAUAUUUAAAGCAAGAACGUGAAGCACUUGAAACCACGAUUGAUAUAUAUAUAUCCAAACCAAACCUUAUUCGUUGUAACGACGGCGGUGUGGAUUUAGUGUUUACACAAGUUAACCAAAUUAGCCAUCACCGUAAUCUACUGCAAGAAAUCUCCAUCAACCCUUUUUAAACACAAUUCUUUACUUCUUCAAAUCCCAAUUCCGAUGAGCAGAAACAGCAGCAGCAACGGCGUUUGUUGGCAGAGCAACAGCGGUUAUGGAGGAGGAGGAUACGUGGAGAAGAGACAACUGUUCCUAAAAAGCUACCAAUUCUCGAGGAAACAGAGCUUAACAGAGAAGAUUCAAAGAUCCGUGAAGAGAGUUGUCAAGAAAGUUGUUUGGAUAAGGUUGAAGUCAGCUAGGAAGCUGAAACGCGUCGUUUGGUCUCGUCUCAAAACAGCGUUUUUCUACCGCCGUAGACGCUUUUUUCGUCUCAUUCAUCCAAACAAACCUUCAUCUUACUGCUUCUACUAAGUUUUUUCUUUUCUCUUCUCUUGUUCUGUUUCUUCGUUGAUGUGUGUGUGUGCAUAUUAGUAUCGUUGCGUGCUUCAAAUUAAGAUUUAUCUUUUUUUGUCUUUAGUUAAUGUUGUUUAAAUUGAUUCACUGAAAUGAUCUUGUUAUGGUUAAGUAUUAUGAUCGAAUUUGGAGAAAAAGAAAAAGAGUUUUCAAGA